GCGCUCCCGCUGUGUCGAUUGGUAGGCAGUUACAAACGUUACUAUUUUGAGAGAGUCAGUGUAUGUGCUCUGCGUGCGCAGCAGCGAGCGAUCGAAAGAGGGGGAGAGACGAGGCAGAGAAAAGGCAGAGCGGGCUUUGGCUCGUCCUUCUGCACAUCAAGCGCUCUUCGGGGAAGGGAUGAGGGAGCGCGGGGCGGCUCGCACCUGCGGCUGACGCCACACCGCAACCGCCGAGUCCAGGUAGAAGUAGGGGGAAAGCAGGCUGCAAGUCAGGAGGUCGCGCGCCGAGGAGAUUCGCAGAGCAGGAGCGUCUUUUUUUUUUUUUUUUUUUUUUUUCCCCCUUCUUCUUAACAGAUCAAAGGGUUUCCGAGGCGCGAGGAGUCAGGGAGGUGGAGGUGAGCGGACGGAGGAAAGAUGGCGAGUUUCGGGAAACUCACAGACUACUUUAAUCGGCGUAAGUCUCGGGAGGAGCUGCGGGUGGGCAGGAGCUCGCGGCGCAGCGGCAGCUACUGCUGCACUGUGGCAGAAGCCAGGUCACUGGAAAGGAAGCUGCAGAGACCUCUACUGGCCAAGUCUCGUACUCUCCCCAGCAUCCCCCAGUCUCCGACGGUCUCCAGGGUCCACCACUCUGAUCUCAUUGGUGGGAGUCCUCCACGCAGAAAGACCCCUCCCUCCACCAGCAGCCACUCAAAGGCCUGCACCCUUCCACCCGCAGGGGAACUGUGGCGUCUGGAGGAUGACAUGGAGGGCGAUGACGAGACCGAGCACAGUGGCAGCACCACGGCGGCGCGCCCUCGCUCCCAGUCGCCCUUCUCCCACUUCCGGGCGCGAGCCGCCUACCUCCGCAAGAGCGUGUCGGCAGACGACCACCUGGACAUGGGCUCCGACUACAGCUCGGGGACCGCGGUCGAGGACAAGCCAGCUCGGAGCAAUAAGGGAAAGCUGAAGAGGAAGUUUAGUCUGGGCUCCGCUGAUAGAAAGGAGAAUCAGAAUAAGAAGUCAGAGUCGGGCAUCUCUAAAUUCACUCAUCGCCUGUCCCUCAAAGAACGUCCAGCUAAGGCGGAGAAGACGAGCUCGGAGCGGCCUCCGUCCUACAGGAGACGAUCUCUCAGUGUGGACUGGGCUGAUUCUAUCAAGAUGACGCAGCCCAUGAGAGGGGACCAGGCCCACCAGCCGCCCUCGGCGCGCAAGUCAGCCAGCCUGUCCUCGCCGAGCGCUGCCCGCCGCCUAUACCGCAAUUUGUCUGGAAAGUUCCGCGUGGGCACCAACCCCCCUUCCCUGGAGGACAGUGUGGUGUCAGGACGGGGAGGAGACAAGGAGAGGCUUCGCAAAACCACCAUAUUCCAGAGUAACGAAGCUUUGUUUGAGGCGGUGGAGCACCAGGAGCUGGACUUGGUUCAGCUGCUUCUGUCCCAGUACAGUCUGGAGGAACUGGACCUCAACACUCCAAACAGUGAGGGCCUCUUGCCCCUCGAUAUCGCCAUCAUGACCAAUAACGUGCCCAUGGCCAAGCUUCUGCUGCGAGCCGGCGCCAAGGAAAGCCCUCACUUCGUGAGCCUGGAGGGCCGAGCCAUGCAUCUGGCCACCUUGGUGCAGGAGGCUGAGCAGCGGGUACUGGAGCUUCAGGCCCAGGUGCGGAACGAGGGUCCCGGCGAGCGAGAGGGAUCCGACCGGGAGAGGCAGCUGAAAGCCUGGGAGUGGAGGCUCCGGCUCUUCCGACGCAUGCAGACGGGCUUUGAGCACGCUAAUCCUCCAGAUUCUCCUAGCGCAGUCUGUCUGUCUGUCAGCAGCAGCACCAGUCUCAAAGUCGACUUCCAGGAGCCUCUCUGCGUCAACUCUGCUGUGGUCACCAAGUACAAAGUGAGUUGGAGCAGUUCUCCUUCAUUCAGUCCUCUGCUGGGUGACAUGGUCGUGGAUGACACCAAUCAGCUACAGUGCAACAUCACUGGACUCACUUCUGGGACCUAUUACUAUGUGCAGGUGUCCGCCUACAACAUGAAGGGAUGGGGGCCUCCGCAAGUUUCCACCCCGGUCUGCUCCGCGCCUUCCAGUUGGAGGGAUAUCGAUAACCGCGCUCCGCGUCAGAGGGGCCAGAAGGAGGCUCUCGACCAGCUCCUGGGCCAGAUAAAAGAAGCUCACCGCCACUGCGUCUGCCAUGAACAGUGCAAAGCUCCGGCACAGGGCAGGAAGCACUCGGUAUCCAAAAGCCUGCGCCACCUCUUUCAGACCACCAGCAAAUUCGUCAAGAGCUUGAAAAGAGGUCUCUAUCUGACGUCCAUAUUCUACAGAGAUGACAACGUGUUGGUCACACCGGAGGACCAGAUUCCCAUCGUGGAGAUUGAAGAUUCCUACUCCAGUUCACUCAUGCAGGACUUUCUAUGGUUUACGAAGGUGUCCUAUCUGUGGGAGGAGAUUUCCUGGCUGCAGCAGUGUCUCGGUCCGUCCCAGUCGUCUUGCUCCUGUACUCUGCAGACACGCCUCAAGAUGCUACAGGCGGUCUCACAUCUACAGGGGACGCUGGGAACCCAGGACCUCGGCCAGGUGUAUUUUGAGCCGAUCAAAGACAAGCACGGAAACGCCCUGCUGGUGCUCCUCAAGGACAUGAGCGCCUGUCCCAACCUGGACGGGGUGCGCUGGACGCAGCUGUGCAAGCUGCAGCUCCAGCGGAAGUCCAUCUCGUCGCCCGAGGAGCCCACCGCCUUGGACAUGCUCCUCAUUACGCUCCAUGAGAAGCUGGCGUAUCACAGGCGCAGCAGGAAGCUUCUGCCUCCAGGAUUAUACUUGGGCUACUUGAAGCUGUGUACGUCGGUGGAGCAGAUCAGAGCGCUGGUACCCCAGAAACUCCCCAACGUCCUCUGUCACACCAAAAUUCGGGACAACAGCAAUGUGUCAAGAGAGGAGUGGCAGUGGCUGCAGGCGCUCAGCUCCCUGGAGGAGUCGUUGGAAAUGGACAACGACGUACAGAGCGCUCCCCAUCGCCUCCUACAGGAUCUGCGCAGCGCCAUCAAGGACCUUAUGGCUCACAUCAACGUCCCUGGCAAUCAGGCGCAGGACUUCCGUAUCUAUAGCCAAGAAGUGUUGGAGUUUGGGGAGAAAGUGUCCUUCCUGCUCCUUCUGCCACCUUCAGAUGAAGUGUGCACAGCUCCUGGUCAGAAUAACCCGUACUCCCCCCGCUCCGGCUUCCUCACGCUCCCCCUGCAGAUCUUUGAACUCGUUCACUUUAAUGCCUAUUGCCCCAGCUUCAUCGGCCAGUACUGCCGAGUGUCCGCUUUGCUGGAGCUGGAGUCCCUCAUGUCCCAGCAGGCACUGCGGGAGGCUUUCUCUGAAGCUGAGCUCCUUGCUGCCAAGAAGAAACACCAGCAGGUCCAAGAACACAUACAGCAAAUGGAGGAGGUGUGGCGGGACGCGAGGUGGAUUAUGGACGCCUUGCAGUAUGCCCGCUACAAGCAGCCAACGGGGGGCAUCUCUAUUAGCUGGAUCAUCGACUUCUCCAAGGAAGUGAUGCCCGACAAGCCUCACUCCACCUCCUCUCAGCCAGACUUCAUGCCCUCCCCGAUGCCUUCACCCGAACCCUGCCACAAGCAUUCAGAUUUUGCCGGUCUGUCUGACGAGGAGGGCUCCUCUGAAGUCUUCCUCACCACCGACAGCGACUACGACUCGAGUCGAGCCCAGAGCCCCCGCGAGCUGGACCUGCUGCCCCCUUCUCCCCUCUCGUCCUCCGCGCCCAUGGAACCUCGCGGUUUCCUGCGAAGUGACGGCAGCGGCUCGGGAGGAGGGAUGUGCCUCGGCGGUGGCGGCGGCGGCGGCGGUCGCGGAGCUCUGCGGGACUCCACCCCGGACGUGCUGCAGGCGUCGGAGCCGCAGCGCGGGAGGGAAGGGGAGAGGUGCGGGGGAGGGGGGGGCGGUCGGUGUGGAGGAGAAAGGCGGCGGCGGGCCCCCGAGCUUUUUGACAGCGACUUCAUCCUGCCCAGCAGGCAGAUCGAGCUGCUGCACAUCACGGAGAAGAGACAGGCCUUCUGUGUGAGAACCAGCAGCCUCGAGUUCCCCUCCACCACCUCAGCCCACCACCAGCCUUACUCCCACACCACCUGCCCUUCCCCUUCCACUUCGCCGCAGAGGAGAUGGCACCGGCCCUCGUCGGUGGACCGCUGUUGUUCUGCUGAGCGUUGCCUACCGCAGCUUCCUCCGGCGCGCACGUUAUCAGAGGACAGCGGCACCCAGAGACUCUCCUCACCGUCACCUGCCGCUCUCAGGAAAAGCUGCCACGCCACGCUUAGAGUGUACCCUCAGUAUCACACGGGCCUCCCCAAGGAGACCAGUGUUAAGGUAUUGCUUUGUGCAACUCCAGGCACAUCAGCGCGGGAGAUGGUCCAGCUGGUAGUUCAGGAGAUGAACGUUGUGUCUCGGCGCCUGCUGGGUAGCGGCGGGGGCGGUGACGAACAGGAGCAAUGUGUUUACUACAGCCCUGAACAGUUUAAGCACUUCGGCCUCGUGCUGGUGGUGGACAAUAGAGAAAAAUGGCUUCAGGACGACUUCUGUCCUCUGGAGCUCCAAAACCCCUGGCUGAGGGGCAAACUGUGCGUUCGCAUUAAGGAGUAUUCACCGCUAGCACUCAAACACAGCCGGGCCACCACGGUGUGACACUUCCGAGAGUCAGAGGAGGGGCAAAGAAGAAAAGAGACGACGUCGCGUCCGGAUUCUCUUUCGGUAAAUGUGUCUGUCGCGCCGUCCACAGGCUCCUGAACUCCCUGUUAUCACUGUUAGUGUGAUGAUAUCGUGCUUAACAGCAGCUCGUAUUUUCUGCUCCGUUCCUGUUAUCUGAAAUGCCACUCCGAGAAUCUGUUUCCAUGAAAUCUGUUCUCCCACAAGUAGGACUUUUUUUUUUAUGAACAUCAGAGACCCUCAUAUGGACACCAAAUGAACAAUAACAACGUGGAACAAAGAGAACCCGUUUUUUGUGCUGCCAGAAAUCAUUGGGGGAAAAAGAUGGGGAUGCUGAGUGAGAUUAAUGGACUUCUGGCGUGAUUGACGCCGGCACAUCGGCCCGCGCGUGUUGCCAAAAUGACAUGGGCAGCGUCGUGGCCUCCUCAGCCACACGCGGACACUGCUUUUCCUAUGAACUCUCUCAUUGUGUCGUUCCCAAAGAGCUGUCGGCUGCAGCCGUCCGGCCCCAUGUUCCCAGGAUGUGGGCCUUGGACCCGGCCCAGGACGUAGGAAGGAAGGGAGAAGUACAGAGGUGGCCGGCGUCUCCGCUUGGGGACGCAAUCGACCCAGCGAUUCGGCCCGUCAGCCUGUCACUCAACUGCUCUUGGCCACUGUACUGUCUGGCAGCAAGCUGCCAAGCAAGGAAUAGAGAGCAUGAUAGAGAGUUAGAAAGAAAGGGCGAGGAGGAGGAGGAGGAGGAGGAGGACGAGGACGAGGGUGGCGGCUGCAUCUUGUAGAACCUGGCACUAACUCUGGUGCUCUUUUUCUCCCUUCUGCAACUCUGUAUAGUAGUUGUAGUCAUAGUGUAGCUGACAAAUAUGAUCAUCUCAUAUCUUGUGAAGAGACACAAAAUAAAACCAGCUAAUUUGGGUUUUCGAAACAGAGGGGGGAAAAAAACAAGCAAUAUUUUCUACGUUUUGUUUUUCUAAUUGAUGGGAAAAGCAUGUAAACCUUCCACAAUUGUGCUGAGUGCAUUUAAAGUACUGUAAUCAUGCUGUACUAAAAGUUAACCAGUUCAGUGUUUUGUUGUGUUUGGUUCAGUGGUAUUCCCAGACGCACCGGAAAGCGGUGCCCUUCAGUCUAGAGCAGGGUCUCCCGAAGGAUUCUUCCCUGAAACGGAUGACUCAAUUUGUUAAGGGGCCCGGCACGUUGAAGCAGAGUUACACACAAAACCGCAUAGCCCGAGCUGUCUUCUAAACUACUGCAGAGCAAGUUAGAUAUGGAAGAACGAAUUAAUUCAAAUACGUAUUCGCAUUUUUGGCCCCGAUCAACAGUUACAACCGGCAAAGCGAGGCUUAUGUGACCAUCAGAGACAACCAAAGGCAUCAGUAUUCCAGUUUUCAAAGGGAAGAGUCAACAACGAAGAAGUCCAAACCACAGUUGUACUCAAAACACAAGUACAGCAAGGGGAAUAGCACAAAGUAAAGCUCUUUAAUCCGACCUCCUUUCUUCAAAAUAUGACAUAAAUAUUCUUUCAAACAUAAUUUCCAGCCAGUCAGAUAUUUUAAAACCACAUCUAAGGACGCUUCAGUUCAAAUUACUUCCAAUUUCUGUAUUACAGUUUUGUUAUUUUCUAUGGGAAGCAUUCAUGGCUGUCUCCCACGCAGUGAAUGAGACAGUCCCAAACAGAGCUACCGCCCAGAAGAAGGCUUCCACCGGCUCUGUUCACAUCCACAUUGAUCAGUUCCAUUGUAGAGAACAGACAAACAUGUCAUUUUGAUUAGUCAGAAGCAAAUACGCUAGGGGCUGUAGAGCUCGGCUAUUAAAUCUGACCCCGACCUUCCAAGUCUCACUUCUUUGCCGCCAAGUGAGUUGGGAGAUGAUGCCUAACUGUCAGAAGCUUUGGGUGGAUUGUCACAGCCAAGACGACCGAGUACAACUUUGUGACCGCCAUUAAAAAGACAAAACAACAGAGCUUGUAAGCUAGUAAGCAUAGGCCGAAGAAGAAAAUGUAGAGCUACACUGAGGAUGUUCAAGGAGGAGGCAAACUCUUUGGUCCUCGAAAGAAUUUCCGAAUAAACCAGAGGGCGCUUCAAGAACAAAACAGUAUUUGAAAGCAGAGGAGCACAAAGUGACGUCAUGGCGGCCUAUCUAGCACCAGCCCAGAACCAGAGGCUCAGUUUCCCUUAACGAGUCUCCAUGACAGGUCCCGUAUUUUGUUAUUCUCAUUUUCAUUCUCACUACACAACGUAACCGGCCUCUUAACGACUGAAACUUUUUAACCUGUUUCUAAAUCACUAAGGACUGAUGUGUUUUAUUUAUUUUCUUAUUUUUAUCUGCUAUUUUUCUGCAUAUGGUUAGUAUAUGCUCUAAAAUGUCAACCGGGCUCAGCAACACAGCACCGUGGUAAAGACAGCAAUUUCAAAUGUAGCACCAGAAAGGUCCAAAGGAGGAGGAGCGCUGAUGAGUGAGGUCGGCGGACCUGGCCUCGAUUACUGUAGCAAUCCAGGAGGAGCGUUGUUUCAGAGUGUUUACAGAGUUUAAUUUCCUUACACCCUCAAAGAUGUGUUUACGUGUAACUAACUACUGUAUAAAGAUGUCUCAAGACUAACUGAUGUUAUAAUAAGUUGUAAUUGGUUUUACUGAUGGCUUGAACUCUUGUGCUAGCGCUUAGAUGUCUUCUUUAUUCACAUUGUUUAAAGCAGUUUUUACGAGGGCCGUCUGCAAAAACAAAUCACACGGCCAGAGACUGUAAAUAGACAAACAAGACCAGGGGAUGAAUGUACUGUAUCUGCCCUAAAUGUGAAAAUAAGUGAAAGGAGGAGGGAGGGGAGGGGUGGGGAGGGUGGUAGCAUCACUACGGAGGUCAAAGAUCAGCAGGCUGCCGUAUUAAGAUUGUGCUGAAUGAAUUAAAAAUAAAGCCCAAUGUUUACAAGGAGCUGUUGGCAGAUCCAUCAAGCAAAGUCAUGAAGGAGACAUCACGUCACUUUUUUUAAAUCUAUUUUUAUUGAACAAUAAAUGAAUAUUAGAAAAUGAAA